CAAACAGUAAUACGAAUAAGUAAUACAAAAGUACGCAAUUUAUUGAACUUUCGUUCAAUUAAUAAUUUUUUUCUUUUGUUUAUAAUAAUUCUGAGUAACGUAGUUAUUUGUUUAUAUAACUAAAAUUAAAAUUAUAAUCCACAACUCAAAUUAAUUAAUAUGGAUGAAAAGCCAAAAAAUUUAUGGAAUACUAAUUAUAAAUAUCAGAUGCAUGUUACAAUUUCUACUAUUGAUUCAACUAUUAAAUCAGAAAAUGUAGAUGAAAGAGUAGUUUAUAUAGAAGAUUUAGAAAAAAGAAAACAAGCAUAUGGAAUAUGUGGAGAAUGUAAAGAACCUGGUACAGGAGAAUAUUGGUGUCAACCUUGUAAUGCUAAAAGAUUUAAGGAUAACUUUAAAAAUUGGACUAGUGGAAAUAAAGAUAUUGAUGAAUUUAUACAACAAUCACAACUUAAUGCUGUACAUUGUUAUAAAUGUCUUGAAUGGAUACCUUUUGAAAAAUUUCAAAAUAUCACUUAUAUUGCAGAAGGUGGUUUUGGAAAGAUUUAUUCAGCAGAAUGGCCUGAAGGAUUUAUUUCUCAUUGGGAUAUUGAAAAUCAAAAAUGGUAUAGAUACAAAGAUUCGGAUAAAUAUGCAUUAAAAAGUUUGAAUAAUUCUUCUGAUAUAUGUUCAGAUUUUUUAAAUGAGAUUAACUCUCAUCUUCAAAUUUAUCUUAAUGAUAUUGUUGAAUGUUAUGGAAUUACUCAAGAUCCAAAUAAUAAAGAGUAUAUGAUGGUUUUAAUUUAUUGUAAAAAUGGAAAUUUGAGAAAUUAUUUAAAUAAAUCAAAUAAUUAUAUUAAUUAUAAAUCAAAAAUUGAUCAAUUACAACGAAUUGCAAGAGGACUUUUAGAUAUUCAUAAUGCUGAAAAAGUUCACAAAGAUUUUCAUUCAGGUAAUAUUUUAUUUAAUAUUUAUCCAUAUAUAAGUGAUUUAGGAAUGUGUCAACCAGCAAAUAAGCAAAAAGUUAAAGAAGAAGGAAUUUAUGGAGUAUUACCAUAUAUGGCACCAGAAGUUUUACAAAUUCCUUUUAAUGAUAUUCCUCAUGAUGAUUUUUUAGCUAUUAAAAUUUGUAAAGGACUUAGACCAACAAUUUCUAAAGACAUACCAAAGUUACUUGCAGAUUUAAUAAUAAAAUGUUGGGAUGCUGAAAUAAAAAAUAGACCAACCACUAAAGAAUUGUAUCAACUAUUAAAGAAAUGGUAUGAUGAGAUUGAAGAGAUUGAAGGUAGUGAAGAUAAUAGUGAAAAUGCUGACAAUAGUCAAAUUAGUGAAAUAUAUUUUCAAAUAAAAGAAUGUGAUAAAAUUAGAAAAGAAAAAUUCAAAAAUAGAUCAAAUGAAGAUAAAUCCAAAAACUUCAAAACACAUCCACAAGCAAUUUAUACUAGUAGACUUUUAAAUUUCAAAAAUCUUCCAAACCCAGUAAAUUCUUCAGAUGUACCAUCAUUUCAA